AUAUUUGUUAAGUUCAAAAAGUAGAUCAUGUUAUUUUGGUAGUUUACAAUUUUUUUUUUAUAACAUAAUUGCGUUGUAAAACUUUCAAUAUAUAGUCAAUACUUGAAAAAUAACACGUGUAUAAUCACAGAUAUGUCUAGCUUUUUCGUCAAAACACCUGGAUUUUGUGAUGACUGUGGGUCGAUACUACCACGAUUGCGUGAAAAGGGUGGCGUAACGUGUUACGUGUGUGCAAGAGUAUUCUCAGAGGAAGAAGCAUUUCGAACAUCCAAAGUGGAAACUUGUAUUAAUUUCAACUCGCAAGAGGCAAAAAAGAGGAACAUUAAAGAAGAAAACAAACAUGAUGAAGAAGAUGAUGAUGGACCUAUAGUUGAGAGAAUAUGUCCUAAGUGUGGAAAUAAUAGAAUGUCUUAUGCUACAUUGCAGUUGAGAUCUGCAGAUGAAGGGCAAACUGUUUUCUAUACCUGCACUUCCUGCAAGUUCAAGGAAAGUGAAAAUUCAUAACAUUUUGUUUUCAAUGUUGAAAAUCCAGCGCUGCUUCUCAAAGUUUUAUAUCUGUUGGAA